AGCUCCACUACAUCUGACUACCCAGCGCUCCACAAGGUCACAACUGCUCUGACCCGAGGCCCAGGCACAACCCCUCUUACCUGCCAACUACCAUCUGUUCAACAUGGCGACCCGGUGGGGACUCUGCCAUGUGGGGAAGAUCAGCCACGACUUCAGUGUGGACAUGAAAACCCUCCCUCCUGGAGACCACCAGAUAGUGGUGGUGGCUGCGAGGAGUCUGGAGCGUGCCCGGGAGUUUGCCAAGAAGCACAGCAUCCCCAAGGCCUAUGGGAGCUAUGAAGAGCUGGCCAGCGAUGCAGAGAUUGACAUGGUGUACCUGGACGUGCUGCACACGGAGCACUGGCGCCUGGGCCUGCUGGUACUCCAGGCAGGGAAGAACAUGCUGUGUGAGAAGCCCUUCGCCAUGAACUCCAGGGAGGUGGGGGACCUCAUUGCUGCCUCCAAGAAGUCCAACGUCUUUCUCAUUGGGGUCUACAACUUGCAGUUUGUGCUGAUGGUGUUCAACGGGGAGAGGCCAGAGUCCAUCCAUGCCACUGGAGUUCUUCUCAACUCAGGAAUGGAUGAGCCCAUGGUGGUGAUGAAGUUUCCCAGGAACAGGCUGGCUUUCUGUUUCUUCUCCAUCGCUGUUUCACUGCCUAACAACGCCACCAUCAGCGGAACAACGGGCACCAUCAGGGCUACCCUGCUGCCCCAUGAGGAAAUGGCCAGAGAUCCAGAGAUUGAGGUGGUAUAUGUGGGCACCACCCAGCCAUACCACCUGCCGGUUGGCAUGCUCUUCAUGAAGGCCCAGAAGAAUGUGCUAUGUGAGAAGUCUAUGGCCAUGAACCUCAGAGGGGUGUAA